AUGUCUGAAGCGUACGCAGAAAAGUCUGAUCAGCAGAUCAUUGACGAGCAGUUUCGUGACUUGGACAACAAGUCGGACAGCCGUCUCAAAAACUCGUUCAACUCAAAGACCACCGUCACCUCGGAAGAAUCGGGCAUCAACGAAUCAGGACUUGAGCAUUUUCCGGGUGCUUCGGUCAGUGUCGGCCGCACAGGCCAGACUGGUGGUGGCACUAAUCCCCAGAAUAUUCCUCCCGACGAGGGCGGAGACGACCGUUCGCAGCGUACAGGCGAGUCGAGCAUCCGUUUCGAGGGCACCGGCGGUCCGGAAGACAAGAAGUUUGAGGCGCUUCGUGACAACCCUGGCGGAUUCGACGCCAACCCUAGGGGCGUCUAUGAGGCUCGUCAGCCCAACUUUAACGAGCCGGUGCCUCAAACUGAGCCACAGCGGCUCGAGACGGAUCAGGAGGCUACCGCUCGCAGCCACGUGAUCAACUCGUAA